AUGAAGUCCGCAGAGAUAGCAUUACGCAAUUUCGCCUCGACUACUAAUUUCCUUAAGAGGCGAUUCUCUUCGGGAGACCUUUCAGGGGAAGGAUUUGAAGAUGAAUUGGAAAAUGAAGGACAACCUUCUGGACCACAAACAAAGACAGACUCUAAUCCAGUCCCAACUCAUUCAGUGUCGCAAUCAUCUGAUCUGACUCUCAACUUCCGAGGAAGUAAUACGACGAGUGCCCCGACAUCACCACAUCAUUCCGGGGUCUCGUCCUUCUUAUCUCGAGCCACAUCUUUGACCGGAAGCGUCACUUCGACGGUUCAACAGAUCGCCAGAACCGCUACCAAUAAAGACAGACAAAAGAUCUUAUUAGUGAUCGACGACCACCAGACCGAUUGGUCCAAAUACUUUCGAGGAAAACGAUUGCAAGGGGAAUGGGAUAUCAGAGUGGAACAGGCAGAGUUUCGGGACCUCACGUUAGCCUCCAGUUCUGAUUCUGGAAGUGUUGUCAGUAUUAUUGGUUAUGACAGAAGCGGUUCAAAGGUUGCGCGAUCGUUUCGACCAGACUUUGUCUUAAUUCGUCAACACAUCCGCUGUGUUCGUGAGGACUAUAGAGAUAUCUUAUUAGGUCUGGCCUUUGGAAAUGUCAAAACUCUUCCCAACUGUAGUCAGGGUUUGUUUCUCCCGACAUCACCACAUCAUUCCGGGGUCUCGUCCUUCUUAUCUCGAGCCACAUCUUUGACCGGAAGCGUCACUUCGACGGUUCAACAGAUCGCCAGAACCGCUACCAAUAAAGACAGACAAAAGAUCCUAUUAGUGAUCGACGACCACCAGACCGAUUGGUCCAAAUACUUUCGAGGAAAACGAUUGCAGGGGGAAUGGGAUAUUAGAGUGGAACAGGCAGAGUUUCGGGACCUCACGUUAGCCUCCAGUUCUGAUUCUGGAAGUGUUGUCAGUAUUAUUGGUUAUGAUAGAAGCGGUUCAAAGGUUGCGCGAUCAUUUCGACCAGACUUUGUCUUAAUUCGUCAACACAUCCGCUGUGUUCGUGAGGACUAUAGAGAUAUCUUAUUAGGUCUGGCCUUUGGAAAUGUCAAAACUCUUCCCAACUGUAGUCAGGCAUACAAUUUUCAAGACAGACCAUGGGUUUUUUCCCACUUAAUUGGUAUUCAAAAACGGUUGGGGAAAGAAAAUUUUCCACUAAUAGAGCAAACAUUUUAUCCCAAUCAUCGAGAAAUG